AUGGCGCUCAGUCGAUUCACUGCCACUCCCCUCUCACGUGUUGCCUUGGAGUACAACGAGAUUGAGGGAGAGAAUCAUCGAUGGCGAGCCUCCCAGUCGAAUUCUGAGUCCUACCAUCGUUCCUGCAGAUGCUGUGGUCUCGUCCGGGUGCGUCAGUCCAUCCGGAGCCUGCAGCCCGUGGAUGAGCUGAAGAAGGGUCUGUUCCAGGUGCGAGCUUCAGUGCUGGUCUACAGAGCUGUGAGUGGAGGAGAGGAGGUGGACAUGGCUCUCUCGGCUUCGUCCAGAGACCAGAGUCCAGUGUGGGAGAGCGUCCUGACCCUGCUGUCCCAGACGGAGACACACAGACGCACGAAACCAGCGCCUCUGAACAGAAGCAACGAUGCACAGAUGGAUCUGCAGCAGGCUGAUCUCACAGUGCCCAAAUUCCCCACAAUGCCUUGCUUCUCUCUCUGGCGGGCCGCCUCUGCUCUUUGUGGAUUAAAGUCUCUGAUGACGCCAAGACUUUGGAUGCUGUCCGUGUGUUUGGCUGAAACUGAGAAGCGUCGAGGGAGUAGAUCAGUCACCGCUCCGGCCAGCGUCACUGUACAGUUCACAGAAGAAACCACGAUCCCAGGGACAGUCCAAGCCCGGUUUUGGGACUCGAAAGACACUGUAGAUCAAGGGUCUAUGAAAGUUUGCUUCAGUCUGAUGAACGCUGGAAGCAAACAGGCUCUGAUGGAAGGACGACUAUCUUCUGUGAAUGAUUGA